CCCUCCCAAGUUGCGGGCGCCUGUUUCAAAGAAAGACAUAUCCCAUUGACCUCCUCCACCGCGGCCCUCUGCCGAGCACGAACUCCCCAAUCACGCCCGUCGGUGGCUGCUCCGCGGGCCGUUGUGCUCGCCCGCCAUUGCCCUUCCUGCCGGCAUCCCUGUCGGUCCCGACUCCCCGCUCAUGUCGUUGUCACGAUCACCCUCUCCCCACCCCGCGGGAGCAGGAUGGUCUAGUCCUGGACUCACCUCGCCCAGUGGCCCGACGACGCCUCACAAUGGCUUCCUGUCGCCAAAUCCUAUAGGUGCCAGUGGCAUCUCCUGGGCCGCCGCCAAAGCGAAGAGCGACGAGGUACGAGGCUACCCGUCCUUUUCAACGAAGAACAGCGGAUUCUUCUCGCGUUCAAGACGCCAGCUCUCCGCCACUUUGCCGCGCUUUCGUUUAGGCUCAGGGUCUCCGAAUGGCUAUGUCGAUAAGGAUGAGUUUGGUCGGGGGCGGCCUCUCUCUCCAGCUACGGGCUGGCGCUUGGGAUUUGGCAGGUCAGUUCUGCGGCGCAGACGAUCGCGCUUGCUCGUGGCGCUGAUCUUUCUUUUGCUGGGCUAUAUAUUUUUCGGAGCGUCUCUUCUUCAGAAAUAUCGGCGCUCUCCGCUAGGCGGUGGGCGCAAGUUCGUGAUCAUACUAGAAUCUAACAUAGAGGGUGGCGUGAUGGAGUGGAAGGGAGCGCGCGAAUGGGCGAUCGAGCGCAAUAGCGUGUGGAACAAGAAGAAUUAUGUUGAGCGAUGGGGCUACGAAUUGGAAACCGUCAACAUGUUGGCGAAGAAGCGGUAUUCCCACGAAUGGCGCGAGAGCUGGGAGAAGGUGGACCUUAUCCGGGAGACGAUGCGAAAGCACCCUGAUGCUGAAUGGUUUUGGUGGUUGGACCUCAGCACUUGGAUCAUGGAAUACUCUUACUCGUUACAGGACCAUAUAUUCGACCGCUUGGAUGAAAUUAUCUACCGGGACAUCAAUGUCUACAAUCCGUUGAAUAUCAGCCAUCCGCCGGACGACGCUUACCUGGACGAGGUGUCUCGUUCGCCAACCGGAGACGGGGAUCCAUCAUCGGUACAUAUGCUAUUGUCGCAGGACUGUGGGGGCUUCAACCUCGGCUCUUUCUUCAUUCGGCGCUCCCUCUGGGCCGACCGCCUGCUGGACGCGUGGUGGGACCCAGUCAUGUAUGAACAGAAACAUAUGGAGUGGGAGCACAAGGAGCAGGAUGCGAUGGAAUAUCUGUAUGCGACACAGCCGUGGGUUCGCAGCCACGUUGGCUUCCUUCCCCAGCGAUAUAUCAACUCGUACCCCCAGGGGGCAUGUGGAGACGAGAAUGACCCGAAUGUUCACUACCAGGAAGAUGAAAGAGACUUCCUGGUCAACAUGGCCGGGUGCCAGUAUGGACGCGACUGCUGGGCCGAGAUGUACCAGUACCGUGAGAUCAGCAAUCAGCUGAACCUGACAUGGUGGGAGCGGAUGAAGGACAAGUUGAACGGCCUUUACGAGAAGCUUUUCCCUGGCGAGGAGCAGCAAGUUGAAUAGUCGUUGCUGGAUACGACAUUUGCUUUGCUUUGAUGUUUACUGCAGAUGAUGACUGGUCUGAGAAAUGACCAUGUAAAAUGCGGACUAAUAAUGACCUGUGACGGCGUAUGGAUGGGUGUGAUGUUUGCUGAUUUGAUGUAUUUGGCGAGGCGUUUGGUGUUAGCGAUAGUUAUCUAGACUUAGUAGCUCAUCUAUGGCCUUUUACUGUACUCUCCA